GGCACACCUAUUGUGGUUCAUCUAGCCUUUCCUACGGUUGUGUACGAAAACCAUCGGCGGACAGGAUCUUGACCGAAGCUGACGUAUGUCGCUUGAUAGGAGAAAGCUGUACACCUGAUGCCGGAGCCCGUUCACACUCCUCACCCUCCUUUGAAGCUAAGUAUGUCUCCGGUGCAGAGCAGUAGAUACCCCAGUGCGCGGCGGUCAUCGUAGAAUGCCUCUGCGCUUGGACAUGUGUAACCGCAACGUUCCCCAGAAGUGAUUGCAUGCUCUGGUGCCGAGCCACCAUUAUGCGAAAGCGCGCUUGAAUUUCGCAGGCAACUCACCUGGAGUGUUAGGGAUCAGGCAAGACGCUCCUCCGCGAUGGAGGGUGCUGCGGGGCCUUCACGUCUGGUCACCCCACAGCCGGCAUUCCCCAGGUAGUGUUCUUAACACUUCUUGAGGUCGAGAAUAAUUGCAUCAGCCAUGAAGCCUACCAGCGGGUGUGUUUGUGACGGGCGAACAGGGCCGGGCCCGGCCCGGCUAGAUGAGCAUGCUCAUCACAAGCUGCUUUCUCCACAGUGGGGAUGUGCCCAAUGUUCUUUGCCGCAAUUGCUGGGUUGCAUUCUCAUAUUACUGACCUGCCGUUGUUGGUUGCACAGUACUGCACAUACCUUACAUUCACCUAAGGGCCUCCCAAGGCACGCAAACGCAGCUAUCUGUACGUUGAAGACUAUUCAACAGCCAGGGUCAGGUACAUAUGCUAUCCGGCACGGCAAAUUUUCGGUCAUUCCAACAUUCCUUGUGAUGUAAUUACCAAAGAAAAGGUAACUUCAGUGCACAAAAAUGCUGAAGUAGCGCAUUGAUCAAUAACUUUGUAACUGGUCAGGCUUGAAACCUUUACCGGUGUCAGCCGAGUAGCCGGAUGAACAGCUCGCAUCCGAGAGCUCUCUCUUCGGCGCCAGGCCCUUUGGCGCAGGGAAAGCGGGGCUUGCCAAGCCAACAGGGAGAAAAUGUUCAGGAUACGCGCGAGUCACAAGCGGCCCACAGACAAAAGAAGGAGACACGGCUUUCGGUGGACCCCUUGCGGCGGCUUGCUUGGUCCUGCUGGCGUUGCGACUUCCAGGCCGGCCAGAACGAUGAUGAGGAGUGGGCAAGCUCCUCCGCACCCGCAACAUCGCCAGCAGCAGCCGCAGGCACCGCUGGCAGCAGCGCAUUACCAGAACAGCCGCGCAAGCACUCUGAAGGCGGUGGUAGCGGCGGCGCUAGCAACACCGUACGGCAGCAGCAGCAGCAACAACAGCCUGCUAGCGCCGCUAGUCCGAGUGGCGGCGGUACGAACACAGAGGAAUGGGUUGUACGGCUGGACGUACAUGAAUCCGCUGUACGGCAUCAGGCGGCAGUAGGAGGCGGUUGGUUCGCCGUUGGUACGGCAACGGUAGGGAUCUGGAACAAAGUACGGCAGGGAAUCGGCGGUAGCAGCGGAUGGCGUGGAUGGCGGUGGCCCUGGGGACGGCGUCGUCGAUCGACUUCGGCACGCCAGCAUCGACAGCAGCAGCAGCAAGAGCAGCAGCAACAGCAGCUGGGGGGUGAUAACAACAACAGCGGUAACGGCAAUGGCAGCGACAGCAGCUCUGCCGGCGGCGGCGGUGAUGAUGCAGCCGGCACAUGGAGUGAAAGUGAAGUCGGAGCCGCCGCCGCCGCGACCUGGGCGGCAGCAGGUCCCGCCUCCGCUGGCCCCUCCGUCGUACGCGCAACUACUGGCGCCGCUGCCGCAACCGCCAAAACCAAGGUCCCCACCCGCUGGGCGACCACCCCAGCAGCCCCCGCUCCCUUAGGCAACCGUGUGGUCACCGCCAAGUAUUCGCUGCUCACGUUUCCGCCCAUCUUCCUGUUUGAGGUGUUUAGCCGUGUGGCCUACCUGUACUUUCUGGCGCAAGCGGCGCUCAGCUGGUGGGAUGUGGUGUCGCCGUUCUCCGGCAUCGGAAGCACUGCUGCGUUGUUGUUUGUGGUAGCCGUGAGCGGCGUCAAGUCCGCUGUAGAAGAUGUUCGGAGGCACCUGGAGGAUCGAGCCACCAACCGUGCGCUUACCAGGCGACUGCUGCCCGAUGGGUCAACCAAGCGGAUUGCGUGGGAGGACGUGCGCGUGGGGGAUGUACUAGAGGUUCGAGACGGCGAGCUGUUGCCUGCUGACCUGCUGCUCCUCAGAACGGGGCUGCCGGAGGGAGUGGCCUUCGUGCGUACGACAAAUCUCGACGGCGAAACCAACUUGAAAGUACGACAUGCAGUACGACUGCCCGGAUGGGAACAGUACGACAAUACGAUAGUAGAGGAUGCGGAAGCGGAGGCGGAGGUGAAUGUCCCGGACGGUGAUGCAGGUGGUAACGCCAACAACGAUAACGGUAACGGUAACGGAAGCAGCAGCAGUGGGAGCAGCAGUAGUAGCAGCGAUGGCGCAGCAAGGUCGGACGCGUCUGUUGAGCUCCGGAGGUCCAAUCACCAGCUGCUGGCCGGUGUGACCGGCCGAGUGGUGUGUGAGCAGCCCAGUCGCAGCCUGCACUCCUUCACCGGUGGGCUGCACUUGGACCCACCAUCACCACCAUUUGAGUCGCGCUUGGUCCCACCAUUGCAAGAAGAAUCACAAGGAGAAUUGCAAGGAGAAUCGCAAGGAGAGCCUACUUCAUCGGUUCCACAGCAGCAGCAGACGGCGGCGGCGGCGGCGGUGGCAGCAGGGGCCGCAGCUCCGCAGCCCCCCGCCGCAGUACCGCUCAGUAUGGACAACAUGCUGCUUCGGGGCUGCGUGCUGAAGAACUCACGGUACGUGCUCGGGCUCGCGGUGUACUGCGGCCCGCAAACCAGGAUCCAAAUGAAUGCCGUACGACCGCCCAUCAAGGUCGGGUCGUUCGAUCGUUUCCUAAACAAGCAGAUCCUGCUGUUGCUGGUGCUGCAGCUGCUGCUGUCAGUCGCGUCUGCGGUUGUCAGUUGGGUGUGGAGAAAGUACGAGGGUGUACGGCGACCGCAUUUGGCGUUGGACGAUCCCGUACAAGGCAACUGGCGCUCGCCGGGGACGUACAUUGUACUGCUAUCCAUCACGUUUUGGAUCCUGUACGGGUACCUAGUUCCCAUCAGCCUUUUUGUGACGAUGGAGCUCGUCAAGUUUUGGCAGGCCUUUGUCUUCAUCAACUCCGACCCGGCACUGGAGGACCCCGCCUCCUCUUGCCAGCCCUCCUCCAACGGCCACCACAAACACCACCGCCACGAGCAGCAUAUUGACCGUCCUCAAGGCGGAUUCCGCAGCCUCUUUACGUCCACCCGGGAACCUGACAACAAUAACAACAACCACAACUCUGUCGCACGCGAGGCGGCGAGCGGCGACGCAUGGGGCGACGCAGGUCACGACCGCCGCCGUGGGGAUCAUCGCAAUGCUGGGGUCGGCAGUGACAACGGCGGCGGUGGUGACGGCAGUGGCGCCGAGGACGGCAGCAGCAACGGCGGUAGUGGUAGUAACGGCAGUGCCGGCGGCGGUAGCGGCAAUGGCGGCAGCGGCCAUGCCUUUGCUCGCAGCAGCGCUGUCAAUGAGGACCUGGGUCGUGUAGCCAUGGUGUUCAGCGACAAGACGGGCACCCUGACACGCAACGAUAUGCGUCUGAGGUGCUGCGCGCUGGGAGAGGAAAGGUUCGGCAGCUUGGACGUACGGCUGGAAGAGCGCCCCGAGCUGGUCGGCCCCUCGGCGCUGCGUGAGUUCGAUUCCCGGCUGCUGCAAGCCGCGAUUGCGCUGGUGCGGGCAGGUCGCUGGCGGCAGGUGGUGGAGGGCGGCGGUGCUGGGGGCUUUGCUGCUGCUGCUUCCACCUCCGCUGCUGCAGCUGGUUCCGCUGCUGGUGCUGCUGCCGGUUCAGCCUUACAACAGCAGAAGCAGCAACAGAACCAGGCGACCCAGGAUGAACCAGAGCGGAAGCAGCAGGAGCAGGAGCGGGAGGUUCUGGGUCAGCGGCUGGUUUCCUUCUGGCUGGGCGUGUGUUUGUGUCACUCGGUGGUGCUGGAGCCGCACCCGGCUGCGGACAAGCCGCCUGCAUACCAGGGUCCCUCGCCGGAUGAAGUGGCGCUGCUGGACGCUGCGCGUCAGUUAGGAUUCGAGCUGACGGCGCGGCGGCGGGACGAGCUGGAGCUCAAGGUGAUGUCGCCACCCGCGUCAGAGGUGCCGUCAGCAGAACCGUCGGCGGCGGUGUCGCCGUCAGCAUCGGCAACGCCAGGGUCCGUACCUUCCGCGGCGCCGGCGGAGUUGGAGGGCAGCAGCGGUGGCAGCGGCGGCCGUGGUGGCGGCGGCGGCGAAAGCAGCGGCGAGAGGAGCGGCGUCGCUGACGUCAGCGGAGGCAUCGGCGCCGCGACCGCUGCCGACGCCGCCGCCAAGGACAAUGACGGCAACGCACUUGUCGUACGGUAUCGAGUCCUGAACGUGCUCGAGUUCAGCAGCGCACGCAAGCGCAUGUCAGUGGUGGUGGAGGCACCGGACGGCUCCCUGGCGCUCCACACCAAGGGAGCUGACAGCGUCAUUCUGAGUCGUCUUGCGGUGGCGGGCGGCGGCGGCACGUCUGUGGCUGCUGCUGGCGCCGCCGGUUCAAGUGAAGCGGUGCGGGCGGCGGCGGAGGCAAGCCUGCAGCACUUCGCCACCCAGGGACUCCGUACACUCGUCCUUGCAGCCCGGCCGCUACCCGACCGAGCCUGGUACGAACGCUGGGACGAGCGUUACCAGGCGGCUGCAGCGGGAGUCGGAGCCGGCGGGACCGACCCACGGGUCCGUGCCGCCGCCCUGGAUGCGCUGGCGGAGGAGAUGGAGCGGGAGCUGCAGCUGGUGGGGGUGGCGGCCAUUGAGGACCAAUUGCAGGAGGGCGUCCCCGCCGCUGUGGCCACGCUGCUUGCUGCCGGCGUGCGCGUGUGGAUGAUCACGGGCGACAAGCUGGAGACCGCCGUCAAUAUCGCUCGGGCGGCGCGACUGGUGACACAGCCGCGAGACGAGCAGCUGCUGGUGCUGCGAGAGGUUGGGGAGGCAGCCAUUCGGCAGCAGCUGCGCUCCCUCACCCGCAGAGCAGCCGCCAUCAUCGCCGCUGCCGCUACCAACGACACUAGCGGCGGCGGUAGCGGUGGUGGCGGAGGCAGCAAUAGAGGCAGCAGUGGUGUCGGCGGCGGCAUGGGACGGCGGGUUUCAGGGCAACGACAACGACGCGUAACAGCGCGAGCCAACGCCGACGUCGGUGGUGGUGGUGCUGCUGCUGCCGGGGGUACCAACCGCCGCACGAGUGAUGGGGCGAGUGCGGUCUCGGACCAGCAGCAGCAACGUAACAAAGGGCUGGCUGCAGAUCAGCAGUGGCGCCAUGGGCAGCAGGGGCAUGAGGCGGGGGAUGUGACUCUGGAUCAACAGCACAAACAACAACGCCAGCAGCAGCAGCAGCAGCAGCAGCGACAGCGGUCCAAGGAAACAAAGGAGCUGCAAUUGUCUAGCACGGCAUCGGCGGCGGCGGCGGCGGCGACGGCGACGGCACGUCCAGCCGACGGCGACGACGGCAGUGGCGAUGUUGCUUCCGACGGCGGUUUCCCUUCAACGACGGCUGAACUGGUGGUUGACAGCCGUACACUCGACAUGAUCUUGGAUCGGCCGUCGCUCGUGCGUCAGUUGGCGGCGCUGUGCGCGGGAUGCGCGAGUGUGGUGGUGUGCCGCGCGUCGCCGGCGCAGAAGGCGGCGCUGGUACGAAUGAUGAGGGAACACCGGCGGCGUACGGCGGAGGCGCGGCGCCGCCGCCGCUGGCGGUGGUUGGCUGGCUUCGGAGGCAGCGGCGGCGGAGGAGGUCGAGGUGUGUCGGUGGCGCCGGUGAUGUGGCUGCUGACGCGACUUGGGUUUAGGAAGGAAGGUACGGCGGCGGAGGCGGCGCCGAGAGUUGGUCAUGUCAGGGCGAGUGGUAGCCAUGACGGCGGCGGCGGCGGCGGCGAUCACGAGGGUAGCAGUGUCGUACUGGGCGACGGCGGCGACGGCGGCGAGUGGGGCUCAAUGGAGCGAGACGGCGUGCUGUUAGCCAUUGGCGACGGAGCAAAUGACGUGGCCAUGAUCCAGGCUGCUGAUGUCGGUAUUGGUGUGAUGGGCAAGGAGGGGCGGCAGGCGGUCAACAACAGCGAUGUGGCGUUGCCGCUGUUCCGCCACUUGGUGCCCCUGCUGCUGGUGCACGGCACGCUGAGCAACGAGCGGCUGUCCCGGCUGAUCACCUACUCCUUCUACAAGAACCUGGCGUACUGGGGCAUGCUGCUGGCAUUCCAGUUCUACUGCGGCUUCUCAGGCGCUGAUCGACGACAUCAGCGGCUCCUUUUACAACGUGGUCUUCACCGCGGCUCCCAUUCUGGUGGUGGCGCUGCAGGAGAGUCUGGCCCCCGACCCCGCCCACACGCUGCUGCAGCACCCGGAGCUCUACAACUCCCACUCGCUGCUCACCGCCCGGAGGUUCUGGCUGGAGGGAAUCCUGCUGCCGCUGACCCACAGCGCCGCUUGUUUCUUCGUACCCAUGUACGGAGUCACGCCGUACGGCACACGGCCGUUACACAACCUGUACGUGGUUGGCAAGGCGUCGUACGUUUCGUUGGUGGUUGCCGUUACUGCUGAGCUGCUGCUCACGACACGCGCCUGGACGAGGCUGCUGGGGGUGGUGUGCUUCCUGAGCGCCGUGUUGCCCUUCCCCUUCCUGCUGCUGGUGUGGCGGUUGGAGCUGUCCGCCGGCUAUCUGGACGAGACGACGGUUGGUGCCGCGGACAUCCUGUUCGCCUCGCCGUACUUUUGGUUUAGCAUGCUUGCGGCGGUGUCGCUGACGUUUGGCACAAGGUACAUCGAGCGCGCCAUUCGCUGGAUCUACUUCCCGGACGCCUUCAUGCGCCUGGCAAGACAACACACCAGGGCGCAGCGGCGGGAACAUCAGCAGCAGCAGCAGCAGCAGCAGCAGCGGGGACAACGACAGGAAGAAGCGCAGCAGGAGCAGCAGGAGCAGCAGGGGCCCUAGGACAACCUUUGUACGGCAUUAGUAUGGCCUUGGUAUACCGGUAGCCUUGGCGUCUAUGUGGGGUACCGUACAUAACUGCCUCGCUCGCUUCCUGCCGUUUAAUGGGGGCCCUUCUGAGACACAGAGCAUAGUGGGCCUAGAAGCUCUGGGUUUUAGCCAAGUAGACCCGUGGGUCACCACGCGCAGGGUACGGCGGGCAACCUAAUGUAGCCCAUGAAGCGCACGAUUACACUUUGUUCCAAUUGAGUAGGAGGGGAUUGCGUACGAGAGUAACGGUUUCGGUUGCUGGAGGGCGGUUGUCGCGGAUCCGUGUGCCUAGCUAUGCGCCAUGAUACUGUAUGCUAUGGAUCGAUCGGUUGUGCUGUGUGUGCGGGGGACGUCAACUGUCAGGCGCUACUUGCUGCAGGCUCCCAAGUUGAUGUAGCCAGAACGUGUAUGGGCGUAUUGGAUAUAUAACGCAACUGGCUGUCUUCUUACGGGUGCAGGGGAUAGUCCAGGAUUGGUUGUUCGCGUGCCCAUCUUGCAUGUUGGGGUCGGAAUAGCCAGCAGCUAUAUGAUGUAAUGUCACUUAAUCAUUAGUAUAGGUUGAGCUGUUGUCCUGGUUGAGGUUUGAUGACGUCCGUGCGAGAGGCUGUGCUAUCUGGAUUGUGUAGGGCCAUCCUGCCUAGACCUACAGGGUUCGUGCGGCGUGCUCACCGCUUACGUAUCUAUUCUCCAUUAAUUAACUUGACGGAACUUCCUGUAAGUCUAAACAUUUCACAGGAAAUGCUCCACAAAGCAAGGCUAACGUUGUUCACAGCGCAAUGAGCGAUGUAACGUAGAGCCAGAGCACAUAGACACUUUGCAACGACUGGA